CUCACCACCACGGUCCCACGAAAGCCUCUCUGUUGGCUCCUGGCACUGUCUUCUGUUUCCUGUCAACUUCAGGCGGCAAACAUGUCGGACAAUACGUUAACCAUGCAAUCAGACUUCGACAUCGACCUUGACGGCGACGUGGACAUCCCGCAGCCGAUGGAACUCGACACGGAGCAGACUAUGAUCCAGAACCCUCAGGUGGAUUCCAGCAUGCGUCCCGCUAUCUACGACGAAGAUGUCGACGAUUUCUUUCCCAUUGCCGAGCAGGUCAACGUCCAAGUUACCUCUACCGACUUCAAGGAAGACGAUCCUCAAGUCUAUGCCAACCUGCACUUCUCUGAGUACGACCCCGUUGUUCACUGGGUCAAUGACAGCUCCUUCAACCUCGAAUACCUUGAUGAGGCUGUGGCGGCGCAGGCUCUUAAGGCUUUGAGCGCUACCGACGCUAGCCACCUUUCGGCACAGACUCCUAGAGAUGCUAGGCGCUACCCUUCCUACCCGAACGUUCAGAUUUCUGUGCGGCAGGCCAACUCAGGCGACAAGAAACCUAAGGGAGCGGCCAAAAAGAGCCUGUACUACAAGAAGAAUCCAGACAGGCGCCCCCAAAACCGACUCCGCCACCCCCCGGCGGGAUACGUCGAUCACGAUGGAGAUUUUGCUGCCCGACGACCUAGCAUGAACUUUGACGUAUCUCUGUACGAUGAAGCUUCGUCAACGGACGAUUCAUACGGCGAAGAGCAACCGAGACUCCGCGAUGCAGACAGACGUGUCCCGGGUAUCGAAUGGGAAGGCGUAACAAAAGAUCGUAAUCGGGACCGCCGUAACAAUUGCCAUCACGACCGUCAACGCGGAGAUACCGACAGAUACUUCCCACAGUCUCGCCGAAAUGGCAGGUCUGAGCCAGGAGAUAGGAAUUACGGUAGGCUCCGAGACCGUAGCGCAUCGCCAGCCGCCGAGGGUGAUGGGCGUUUGGGUUUUGAUGAAGGUGGCUCGUCCCUCCGACGCAACCGUGGCAAUCAGAACUCCCGUCCGUCCCGACGGGACAGGGAUGGAGCGGAAGCCGGAACCGCCUGGGUGCAUGAUCGCUAUGGAUCUCACGACGAGGACCUCACAGCGACUUCCGUAAAACCUGCCAAGUCAGCGAGCGGACUGUCGUGGAAUGACUUCAAGGGAGACAGGUACAAAGCCGGAUAUGUCUUCCCCCACAAGACGGACGUGAGCAACCACCGUCGAACGGACGCGACUGACGAGACUGCGAACUCUGGCGUGCGUAGCCUUGCUUCACGGAUGACAAAGAACGGUCAGCCAGUCCAGAUCCCACUCAAGGACAGGAUGACGCGCACCACUGGCCAAGAUUUAUCCUACGGUCGAUUGAAAGACGACUUCAACCCGCCAUCCUUCAAUGACUUUGAGGUUCCUGGCGUGGACCUCAAAAUCCGCGGAAAGGCACAACCUCCUGGCGGCUUCCAAAUCAAGGGCGCGGCUCGCGACUCUUAGAUCUUCUUUUAUCUCUACGUGGCGGGGUGUUUUAUGGCAUUUGGGCGGUGUUUUUGGAUCCUUUUGCAUUCUAACGGAUCUGCAUGGCGUAGUCUGGAGGAUGGAUAGUUUGAUACCAAAACAAGUGAAUGUCUCCUGUGUCUUAAGAGAAGAUUCUAUAGGGAAAACCCCCAACUGUAACCUGGUGUGAGGUUAUGAAUACUGCAUGUUAUGUCCCUGGCAUGCUUGCUCUGCUUACAGAACGUAAUAUACAACUAAGGAAUGUUUGCUAUAUUCAAAGGUCUAGCUAAAGGAUGCUAAAACGGUCCGU